GCAGGUCAUGUCUGUGAUGUAAGCGCGAAGGUUGAGUGCGGAGAGCGGUUCGUCAUAUGCAGCUGCAGUCUGUUCCUGACCAUCUCCCUCUCUUCUCGUCUGCACGACGCUCUUUCCUUUCCUUAUACUCGUAAAGCUUUAUACUUUCCUUCAUAUUCUCUGCAAGCCCUCCUUCAUCCUUGCCCGCCGCUUCAUCAACAUCUCUGAAUGGAGACGCGAAGUACUUUCUCUACCGCGACACGGACACUGUCGGCAUCGUCCCUCAGGGAACGGCUCACCAGCAUCUCCACUCUGACCACUGCACCUUUACGUCCGCUGCCCAGAAUACAUGCCAAUAUCGACUUUGUCCCAGCGAAGAUCCCGAGAAGACGGAGGUUGCAGACGUUGGCGGUGGCAAUAUGGUCGACCAUGAUAGCCAUUACGACUUUCUUGUUCCUGGUAUUAGCUUCGUUUCCCCCACUCUGGCCUGUACUGGCUUGGUAUAUGCUAUGGGUAUUAUAUGUCGAUCACAGCCCGGAAAAGGGGGGAAGGAUAAGUCCCUGGUUUAGGUCUAUAAAGUUCUGGAAGUACUUCUCUGAUUACUAUCCUGCAUCUUUCCUGAAGACUUGUGAUCUUCCGGCUGAUAGACCUUAUGUUUUCGGUUAUCAUCCCCAUGGUAUCAUUGGAAUGGGUGCAAUGUGCACAUUCGCAACUGAAGCCAUAGGUUUCUCAGAAGCAUUCCCCGGCAUUGUCCCCCACCUCCUAACCCUGACAUCCAACUUCCGAGUUCCAUUUUAUCGUGACGUCCUCCUGGCAAUGGGUGUCUGUUCAGUUAGCAGACAGUCAUGUUCGAAUAUUCUCAAUGGGGGCCCGGGGCAGUCCAUCACGAUUGUUGUCGGGGGUGCCGCUGAAAGCUUGAGUGCCCACCCGGGAACUGCGGAUCUGACAUUGAGAAAGAGGCUGGGUUUUAUCAAAGUCGCCAUUCAACACGGAGCCGAUUUGGUUCCCGUGUUUUCAUUCGGAGAGAACGACAUCUAUGAACAAAUGCCGAACGAGAAAGGAACCACAGUUUAUACCCUACAAAAGAAGUUCCAAAACGUUUUCGGUUUCACGUUGCCUCUCUUCCACGGCCGAGGGCUUUUAAAUUAUAAUCUUGGCCUCUUGCCGUAUCGACGACGAAUUGUUGCAGUUAUUGGAAGACCUAUACCAGUUGAGAAAUGCGAAAAACCGACACUUGAUGAGGUUAGGCGGGUACAGGAGCGAUACAUUGAAGAGCUCAUGUGGAUUUGGCAUACCUAUAAAGAUCAGUUCGCGCGCACGCGGAGGCGGGAACUUAACAUUGUGGAAUGAUCACUCUCCCGGGUGCAUAUUCAUUACUCGCAUCAGACUGCAUUAAGUUGCAUUACCUUGUAUCAUAUAGAUGGUUUUCUGGAUUUUUGAUAUCCACGUUGGCAUUUGGGCUGACACGCAUUAUACGCAUACGAACAAUGUAUAUGAUAGCUUAGACUUGCAACCGCCUCCAACCAGACCUGAGUGAAUCCAGUUCUCUACCGUUUGUAGCUCUAUAGUUGGUGUACUCGAACAUUGUACGCGAUAUUUACAUACUGUAUCUUC